AUGUCGACACAACAAUACUCGCAGAUUCCUGCUUCGUACUACGGUCUGGAGCACUACCCGUACCAGCAGUACAUGAAUGGGUCUCAGCCGCAACUGGGCCAGACGCAGGCGGCACAAUCGCAGCAGCCAUUGACGCAACAGCUGUUGCAGGCUCAGUCUGCUCAGUACCAGCAGCCAUACGGCCUGUACUAUAUGCAACAAGUGCAGCCAGGGCAGCAUCCAUUGCAGGGCCAACAAGGCGCCCAGCAAACGCAGUACCAGCAGUACCAGCAGCAACAACAGCAGCAGUCACAGCAGCAGACGCAACAACAACAACUGCAGACGCUGCAGCCACUGGUGCAGCAAAGUGACUAUGCUGUCCACUACCCGGGCUACAGCUCGUCCAACGCCUCCGCCCCAUACGGCCAGUACGCCAUGUACCAACAGAGCGCGGCUCCACAGGCGUCGUCGGCCUCGGCCGCCCCUCUGGCGCUGACAUAUGCCAGUGUGCCUUCGCAACUGCAAGCGACCGCUGCUCAACAAGCGCUGACUGCAUCGCUGGCCACGGCCGGCACCGCCCAGUCUGCCGCUUCAGCAUCCACCUCGGGCGCUACCGUCCAAACGUCGGCGCCUUCCGCCUCGGCCAAGGGAUCGGUGCUGUCUGACACCCUUGGUGGUGCCUCCAACUCCACAGUGGGUCAGUACCAGCCUCCAGGCAUCAGACCCCGCGUCACCACCACCAUGUGGGAAGACGAGAAAACCUUGUGCUACCAGGUUGACGCCAACAACGUGAGCGUUGUGCGCCGUGCAGACAACAACAUGAUCAACGGAACCAAGCUUUUGAAUGUGGCGCAAAUGACGCGUGGCCGCCGUGACGGCAUUUUGAAGCUGGAGAAGAUCAGACACGUGGUCAAGAUUGGCUCCAUGCAUUUGAAGGGUGUCUGGAUUCCCUUUGAGCGUGCGCUCGCCAUGGCACAGCGCGAGGGCAUUGUCGACUUGUUGUACCCAUUGUUUGUUCGUGACAUCAAGCGUGUGAUCCAGACCGGUGUCACUCCUUCAGUGCAGGCCUCAGCGGCGUCCAGCAAGGCGCCCAUGGCGUCCAAUGGCAGCUACCCGGCCUCCACAUCUACCGCUGCGUCCAACCCUAGCAUGAGCUACUACCAGCUGUACCCAUCGCAGUAUCCGCCUGCAUCAUCUACCCAUGCGCUUGCGGUUCCAGAAUCUGCCCCACAACAGCAAAUGGCAACGCAGCAGCAGCUUUACGGCUACUCGCAGCCUUCGUACUACAACCAGUCGUACUACAACCAGGGCAGCACAGCGGCCGGCGGCAAUGGCUCCACCAACUACUCGUCGUACUCGCAGGCGCCAAUGUACUCGUCGUACGCGGGCUAUCUGCAAGCUGCACAGGGCCAGGCUCAGUUGCAAAAGCCAUAUGAGCAGCCUCAGCAAAGCCAGGGCAUGACGUCCCAACAACUGCCUCAACAAGGUUCUCCUGGUGCUAAGAAGGAGAAGGAUGGCGAGAAGAAGUGA